AUGUGUGUGUGUCUGUUUGUGUGUGUGUGUCUGUUUGUGUGUGCGUGCGUGGUUUUGUGUUCACUUUGUAUGCCAAUGUUACCGCGUCGUCGCCGCUGUCCUCACUGCGACGUCGAUCGUCGACACGGUAGGGUCGGUGUCGGUCAUCAGCAGCGCCGUGGCGAUCGUACACGCCACCGGCCGCUCGACACAGCACACUUCGCUUUCUUCACGCGGGCGGUCGCUGCCCUGGCCGAGACUCACCAGUCUACAAUAUCUUCUACAGACCUCAGAGUCGGAAUAUACGGGCCGAACGAAAGAGAUGUUUCGCCAUUCUGCCGAGAGUACGGACACCAUUACCGAAUGCAACAGUUCCGUAAUCGAGUCCGAAUACUUGGAUCCGGUAAGAUUCGAUUCGUCGAAUCCAAUGCUAAAGUUUCGGUAAACACGCUGUUUUGUUAUAAUGUCCUAUAA